GUUUUUAAAAUGAUUGAACCUGUCAACUGUCAAAAUAAUCUAAACAAUUAACAGUAACCAAAAAACUUAAGAAUCUUUACAAGCAACAAACAUGUAGUCGGUUUAAUUACAUCUUAAAUUUUAAUUAAAAAUUAUCAGUUUUCGAUCUUCAAAAUUUAUUUAAGCGCAACAAAGCAAUGCAAUCGGUUCGGAAUAAAACAUAAACAAUUCGGAAAUAGUUGACGAAAAUGGAACUUGAAACGGUUUCGGUUUCUGGUGUUGAUGAGAAAUACACCAUCAUUCAAAACAUGUUUCUAAAAGGCGAUGAUAUACAAAAAUUGAGCAUAAUUCAAACAUUGCCACAACUGGUUAAGAUCGAUCAACAGGCAACAUUCACCAGAAUCGUACCUAAAAUACAACAGGAAUUACCAAAAGCUUCCGCUGAAUUUCAAAUAACCACAAGCCAAAUAUUUCGUGUUCUUAUUGAAAGAAAAGUACCCAUCAAUUUGCUUAGUGCUGUUAUACAAGGUGUGGAUUCGAAAGAUCCUCUUGUUUCAUCUGCUUGGAUGGAUACUUUACUUGCUGUUACCCCUUAUUUAGGUAUUGAAACAAUAAAACGUGAUAUAAUACCAUUGAUUAGUACAAAAUCUCAGUUAUCACAACCAGUUAUUCAACGAGUUGCUGCUUGUCGUAUUAUAGGAAAAAUUUCAAACCAUAAAAAUUUAAAUUCAAAUGAUAUCAAAAAAGACAUCUUACCAUUUGUUCAUAGUUUAUGUCAAGAUUGUAGUGUUGAAGUGCGUGCGAUAAUGUGCGUUCAAUUACCAUCUGUGGCUGAAGGGAUUACAGCCCCAUUUGUUAAAGCAAAUCUGUUACCGUCGUUUAUAGAAUUAGCUUCCGAUACAAGUCCAUUAGUAAGAGAAGCUGCAGUAUUAACAAUUGUCAAUUUAUUACCAUUUCUUGAAAAAGAUGUUCUUGCAACAACUGUUAUACCUUUAAUAAGAAGAUUUUGUGAGAAAACUGUACCGGAUGAUAACACAGCAGCUAUUAUUUCCAGUCAAUUUGGAAGGAUAUUGAAAUUUUUAAGUCCUGUUUUAACCAAUGAUAACAAAAUUUGGUUUUUGAAUUAUUUUAAAAUUCUAUCACGUAAAGGGUUUGAUAAUAGGCCGACAGCGAAGACUGCAAGCAGUGCGUUAGAUGCUUCGAAGGAUGUUAUUUGUAGAGAAAAUUGCGCGACAAAUUUACCAGCUGUUGCGGAAUUUGUUAGAUCAGGAAUACCAGAUCAAAUGGAUUUUUUAUAUACAAUUUUUAGGGAUUUAGCUGGAGAUCCUUGUUACAUUGUUCGUAAAGCUGUUGCUAGUUGUAUUCAUGAUACCACAAAAGUUUUAGUUGUCCAAUGUAAAACAUUAAAAGCAGAUAUAGUUAGAUUGUUAAGAGAUGAUGCCGAGGAUGUUUUACAAAUGUUAGUACCGACCUUAAGCAAUACUUUACAAUUAUUAGCUCAAAACGGGUAUUUAUCGAGAGAUAGAACUGAUCAAACCACUAUGGAAAUAGGUAGAGCAUUGUUGAAGUGCCAAAUCGAACUUUCAAAAGGUUAUAAUUGGAGAUUAUUGGUAACGUUUCUUCAACAAAUGGAAUGUUUGCCAAAAUGCAUUCCUGGUGAUUUUAUUCAUCAACACUUUUCACCAAUGAUUCUCGGAACGGCUACAAAUGGGAGGUCCAAACCAAUAGUUUAUCAAGCAACAAGAACUUUAUUGGUAUUUUUAAGAUACAAUGGAAAAGAAAAUCAACAGAAAUGGAUGAGAGAUUCACUCAUAAAUCAAUUUUGUUACUCGGACAAUUGUUAUACACGUCAAACAUUCGUAAAAAUAUGUUUUGCUGUCCUCGAAGUGUUUAGUAGUAAAUAUUUUAAAGAAUAUUUUUUUAUACCACUGUUAUGUUUAGCGAGUGAUCGUGUAUCAAACGUUCGAUACAGUUUUUUAACAAUCUUUCCAAAAUUAAAAUUAAUAACGCUCUGUCCGCCCCUCGAUCCAAAACACAAGAUUCUUUUGCAAGAAGCUAUUCAAAAAUUGGAAUCGACCGAAAAGACAGCGUACGUAUCAAAUCUUUUAAAGACAACGUUAAAACAAACCGCAAACAUGUCAAUAGCAACCAAUAGAGAUUUUUAUUCGAAAGAUUUAAUUAAACAAGAGGAAGAAGCUAGCGGUAGUCCACUAACUGCUACGUUCACAGUGUUAACUUAUACAGCUGGAGGUGCUAAACCAAAAGCCGCUGCUCCUAGUCGACCUGCUGGACCAGCAGCACCUCAGGGAAAAGCACCUCCACCUAAAGCGGGUCCUCCUGCCAAAGUGGGCCCUCCUGCACAAGUAGCCCCUUCUAAAACUGGUCCCCCAAUACAAGUAGCUGCUUCAAAAACUGGCCCACCUGUAAAAGUACCUCCUAAUCAACAGUCUGUUGAUAUGAGCAUCCUUGAACAGCACUUUUACAUAGAUGCUGGUGUAGUACUACCAGAAACACUGGUUCCAAGCGAUACUGAAACAACAUCAAUCGACACCAAUAUAGAAACCAUUCUACCACACAUACCAACGACCGUUCAGGUUCAUCAUCGCAAAUCUAUCCACCAACCAAUCUUAACAAUGGAUACGAUAGAACAUCCAUCAAUAGUAUCAGAUAAUUUUUCUGACGUUGACAUUCACAUGAUCGAAAGUAUAACGCCAAACAUGACCGAUGACGUGAAAGUAAAUUUGAGAAAAAUCGGUAUAAAAUCGGCUAAUAAUAACGAGAUGAAUCCCGUUAAAAGUAAAUCGAGCAUUCCGGUGUUGAAUCAUUCAAAUAUUACGGAUAAUAAUAGUCAUAAUAGUGCGACGACAUUAAAAAGGAAUAAAAGACAUUCGAGUGUUUUUUCGGCGGCUUGUUUAGAAACGGGUUCCAAAAAUCUUUAUAAAAGACAUAGUCUUAGUUUUCAAACGGGAGAAUGUAGUAAAAUACCAAUAUGUACCAGAAGUAAAAGUUUUCAAAGGAAUGUUUUGGCCGAAUUUCUCGAUUCUUCCGUUAAAAUUUCCAAAGAUAUUAAUGAAAUUGAACGUAAAGUUAGUGAGAUUUAUCUUGACAAAGAUAACAAUGUUUCGACAGAUGAAACAAAUAAUGCUAAAGAUCAUGAUGAUAAUACUCAAUUAAUAUGUACAAAAUCUUCAGGGUUGCCAAUUUUAAUAAGGAGACGAAAGUGAUUAUUAAAUGGAAUAUAUUUACAUUUAUAUACAUAUUUAAAUAACUUAUUAAAGAGUUCUACAAAAACAUAUUUAUAUUCAA